AUGACUGAUACAUAUGAAUAUAUUGAUUCAAAAGAACCACUCACAAAAUAUCCUCAAAAACUGAAACGAAUAAAAUUAUUAAAAAGAUUACUUUCAAUUGGAGUAAUUUUAAGUAUAUUAAUAUGGGGAUCAUCAUUUUUAUUUAUAACAGUGGACAAUUUUCUAAUAAAAUAUGGAAAUUAUGAAGUAAAUCAUCAAUUUUUAAGUCAAAGUAUUUCUUCAAAACCUUCAUCAAUUUAUGUUAGUCCAAAUGAUAAAUUUACAAAUUUUGGAGAUAAAAUUCCAUUAAAUAAAAAGAUAUAUGAUGAUCAUGAAUUAAAUCCUAAAAUACAUGAUAUUCAAUGGAUAAAAGAACCAAGUUCAAUAUAUAAUGAUCAAGGAACAUAUGUUAUAAAAGAAGAUAUAUCAUCAAAAGAUGAUUUUAAAGUUGUUAUAAAAUCAAUAGCUAAUGAAAAAUAUGAACAUACUUUAAUUGAAACUUCAAAAUUUACUUAUGAUGAUAAAGAAUAUUUAAUUGAAAAAUUUAAAGCUUCUCCUGAUUUAAAAAAAGUCUUGUUACAAACUGAUAUUACAAGUAGUUGGAGAUAUUCUUCAUUAUCAUUAUAUUGGAUAUUAGAUGUUGAAAAAAAAGAAAUUGAACCAUUAUUUAAUGGAAAUACAAAAAUAUCAACUGUUUCAUGGUCUCCUGAUUCAUUGAAUGUCGCAUUUAUAUAUAAUAAUAAUAUCUACCUCAAAAGCUUGAAAGAUAAUAAAUUAACUCAAGUUACAUUUGAUGGUUCAAAUGAAAUUUUUAAUGGGAAACCAGAUUGGGUAUAUGAAGAAGAAGUAUUUGGAAAUGAUUUAGUUUUAUGGUGGUCACCUAGUGGUGAUAAAUUUGCAUUUUUAAAAUCAAAUAAUACUGAAGUUCCUGAAUUUAUAAUCCCAUUUUAUGCUCAAAAUGAAUUUAAAGAUUAUCCAGAAAUUGUAAAAAUUAAAUAUCCAAAAGCUGGUUAUCCAAAUCCAUUGGUUGAAGUUUUAAGUUAUGACUUAGCGAAAGAUAAAUUAAUAAAACAUGAUUUAAAAUCAGAACAUAUUGAAAUUAAUAAUAGAAUUAUAUCUGAAGUUGCUUGGGUUGGAGAAGAAAUUUUAGUUAAAACUUCAAAUAGAGCAAGUGAUCAUUUAAAAAUUUUUUUAAUAAAUGAAAAAAAUUCAAAUUUAAUAAGAACUCAUAAAUCAAAAAAUGAAUGGUUUGAUAGAACUACUAUAUUUUAUAUACCAAAAAACAAAACAGCUGGUCGUGAAAAUGAUGGAUAUAUUGAUAUUAUACUUGAAAAUGGGUUUAAUCAUUUAGCUUAUUUUUCACCACCUGAAAAUCCAGAAUAUAGAUUAUUAACAAAAGGAAAUUGGGAAAUUGUAGGAGGAGUUGAUUCAUUUGAUUAUAAUUCUAACACUGUAUUUUUCACAUCAACUAUAAAAUCAUCAAUUGAAAGACAUUUACAUUCAAUAAAUUUAUUUGAUCAGACAAAUAAUGGAUUACCUUAUAUAAAAGAUUUAACAGCAAAAGAAGGAUAUUAUUCAUCAUCUUUUUCAAGUGGUGGUAGGUUUUUAUUUUUAUCUGAUUUAGGUCCAAAUGUUCCCACACAAAGAAUUAACGAUUUAAAAUUAGGUAAAAAUGUUAAAACUAUUGAAGAUAAUUUUGAAUUUUCUAAAAAAUUAAGAAAAUAUAUAUUACCAGAAAUUAAAUACGGUGAAAUUGAAUUGACGGAUGAUGAAACUGGUGAAAAAUUUAAAGUUAAUACUCAAGAAAUUUUUCCAUUAAAUUUUGAUAAAAAUAAAAAAUAUCCAGUUUUAUUUUUCAUAUAUGGAGGACCUGGUUCACAACAAGUUACCAAGAAAUGGUCAAUUAGUUUUAGUUUAUUAGUUGCUGCUGAAUUAAAUGCCGUGGUGGUUACUUUUGAUGGUAGAGGUACUGGUUUUAAUAAUUUAAAUUAUAAAUUAGGUUCUAAAUUUAAAUAUAUUGUUAAAAAUAAAAUUGGUAAAUAUGAAGCUAAAGAUGUUAUAUCUGCUGGUAGGUAUUGGUCUAAAAAAUCAUAUGUCGAUCCAGAUAGAAUAGCAGUUUGGGGUUGGUCUUAUGGUGGUUUUUUAACUUUAAAAACUUUAGAAAGUGAUUACCAAGAUUCCGUAUUCAAUUAUGGAGUUGCAAUCGCACCAGUAACAAAAUGGAGAUUAUAUGAUUCAAUAUAUACAGAAAGGUAUCUAAAUACACCUCAAGCCAACCCCGAAGGUUAUCAAAUAGGAUCAAUAAAUAAUAUAACAAAUUUUAAAUCUGUUAAAAAAUUUUUUAUUGGUCAUGGAUCAGGAGAUGAUAAUGUUCAUUUACAACAUUCAUUACAACUUAUAGAUGAAUUUAAUUUGAAAGAAGUUGAAAAUUUUGAAUUUAUGAUUUUUCCUGAUUCAAAUCAUGGAAUGAAUUAUCAUAAUGGUAAUAAAAUUGUUUUUGAUAGAAUUUUAAAUUUUUUGAAAAGGGCUUUUAAUUGGGAAUUUGUAUAA